GUCAGUAUUCAUUCUGUACUGUUUCCAUCCUUUUCUUCUCUCACGGCGGUCGUAGGGAAGGAGAGUUUCUCUCAGAGAUAGAGAAAAACCGAUAACUGAAGAAGAACAAAAUGGGAAGACGAAGAUCCACUUCUUGUCUCAAAAUCAUCGCGUGCGGUGCUGAACAUGACGACGGCGAAGUCUCGGAGUUAGAAAUGCCAUUGUGUUUCAGUCUAGGCAUUAGUAAGAAAGUGCAGUUUUGUUUAUUGAUGUACAUUUCUGAAGCUUACGUUCUUCAGUUAAUUUGCAACAAUUCAAUGUGGGUUAAAGAUAGUGGAAAGAAGCAUCUUAUUUGUUCCUUGAAGCAGGAAAAGUCAGCGACAAAACCAAAUGUGACAUAUACUUCUCUUGAGAAGCUGCUUAGCAAUAGGUUUGCCUGUCAGCUAAUGGAAUCUACACCGAAGACCAAGACUAUCAAUAUCAAGUGUGAUCCAUUAAAACCCAAUUCUGCCUGGAACUGGCUGGAGAGGUGGAUGUCUGUUUCAGUGACAGAACAGUCACCAAAACUGGAGGUAGUCAAUAAUCAACCAGAAACAGAGAAGAAUGAGGAUUUUGCCUCUCCUGUGGAUGUGAGAGCUCCUUCUGAAGCUUAUUCCGAGUCUUCUGGUUUAAAGUCUGGUGUGAGGGAAACCAUUGUUCCAUCUGAAAGUGAAGAGAAUUUAAUUACUUAUGAUGCUGAUAAGGUUAAGUUUGAGGCAUCUCAGCCAACUCCUUUAGGAACAGAUAAUUUACAGCAGUGUCAGCUUGAGAACACAAGUACAUCUGACCAGAAAGAGGCUUCAGUGGGAACAAACUCUGGGGAGACCUCAGUGGAGAUAAGCUCUAAAAGAAAUCAAACAAUACCAUCAGAUGCGAAUUCCAAAGCUGAGGUCAGCUGUCCUCCUUGUGAGCUGGAAACAGAGCAUCAGCAACCCAAACGUUCUAUGAAAAGAUUUGCUUCUGACCAACAGGAAACUGAGGAAAAGAAACGUGUUUUUGGAUCAACAAAGGCAAGCAAUCCUGCAUUUAUUGUUGCACAGACAAAAUUGGAGGAGCUGAGUUCAGCUGCAAAUCCAGGUAGAUCAAUUAAUUCGUCCUAUCAAGAUGUUGGAGUUGGACCAAAUUUGGAUACUGUUUCAUCUGGGGCAGAUACUGAUAGCAGGAAAAAGGAGGCAAGCACCAUAGAACCUCUAGUCCACAAUAAUUCAGGGGUUCAUCAUGGUGGCUCUGAAUGUGGUACUGAACUUUCUAUCUCUUCCACUCUUGAUUCGCCUGAUAUAUCUGAAGUUGGAGCCACAGGGUGUGAGCAGGGAGCAAAACCCCUAGAGCAAGAAAAUUGCAGUUCUAACACAACUAAAGAUUUAGACAAUAAAUCAUACAAUGCAUCUACCAUCCCAUUGUCCAAUGAGUCCAUGUCUGUUACUGAUCAAACAGAGAAAAUUGAUGGUAUGAGUAAAUAUGGGAAUUCAGAUGAAGCUGUAGACUCUCCACAAGUAGAGCAGGAUCCAAAGACAACCACAGGUGAUCCACAGAGAGAACUGGACCCUGAAAUGUGUCAGCAAGCAUCUCCAGAAGGUUCUCCCAGAAUCCAUAUGACCAUUUUGGAGUCCCAAGGAACACCUCCUAGUAAGGUAUCAGUGAAAGGUAAAAAGAGCAAGCCUGACAAGAGCAAUCAAAAGCGCAAGUCUCUGUCUGCUGACAGGAGUCCAGCCAAUGAUUCUAGUGGGAGAGGUAGCAUGGAACAAUUGCCUAAAGACCAGAAAAGUGGGAAGAGACGCAAUUCUCUUGGUUCAACAAAACUGGAAAACAUUGAUCAAGAACAAAGGGAUAGUAGUAGUAAUUCUCUCCCCCGUUUCAUGCAAGCCACAGAAUCAGCAAGAGCCAAGGUCCAUGCGAAUAACUCACCCAGAUCAAGCCCGGACCUUCAUGACAGAGACACUUACAUCAAGAAGAGGCAUUCCUUACCUGGUGUAAAUGGGGGGCAAGGUUCUCCAAGAAUCCAGCAGUCAAUGUCUCCAGCACAGCAGGGUGCAAAGGGGAAUGGUACCCCUCCACUUCAUGGGAGAAAAUGGCAAAGAUGAAGAGUUACUCAAAUCAGCUUCAUUGGCAAAGGCAAUGGCCAGUAGGCGAGUUUUGUACCUCAUACUCAAAUUGAUUCAUGCAUAGUGGUGAUGGUUUGGUGGAGGGAGAUACAUGUAGAAUUUGUUAAAGAGAGUUGAUGUAUAUUACUAGUACUAAGACAAUCUGCAACAUGCUUUUUUUGAUUUUUCCUUGUCAUGGGACUAUGCUUGUGUCUUUAUUCCACAUUUCCUUGUGAUAUUAUUUAGGCUUGUUACAUGUUUUCAGAUAUCCGUUGAGAAUUUGCUAGGUAAGAAACAUAAAGCAGAGAGCCCCUGAAGGCUCUUGUUACUGUAAUGCCUGGACUACUUUUUGGAUUGGCAACAGUUCGAAUACU